ACAUCCUCAGUAACUGAGCUGUUUGUCCUCACAUGACAAAGCAUAGUUUCUGAUAUUAAUCAGUGUGAACAAAUCAAGAGUCUCAAAAAAAUAUUUAUAGUGCUAUGGAGGGAUAUUGGCGCAAAGAACGACAAAAACAUAUCUUGAUUAUUAUAAUCAAACAAAAAAGUGUAUUUAAUUGAAAAAUGAUUGUGGAAAUAGAAUGAUAAAAAGUCAAAACUCAAGCAGGAAAAUACAUUUUAAUAAAUAACGCACAUCAAUUAUAAUAUGCACACUAAUAAUACUAAUAAUUGAAACAUAAAAUCAAUCAUACACUAUUCUUAUGUACACUUUUGCUCUGAUUAAUUUGAUCCCACCUGACUCCAGAGUGGGAAUCCAAACAGCCAACUUUACAGGCAUGUCUUACUGUAAAGGGCAGGAAGAAGCCCAUACAUAGUGUUUAAACACAGGUCUUCCUCUCAGCAUUAAAUCACGCUUUCAUUAUGUAGAAAUGUCUGACUCAUAUGUUCAGGAAGUCGGACCUCCUUCUCCAAACUCCUUUAAAAGGGCACAAAUCUUGCUCCUGUUUAGAAUUUGAACUAAAAGAUCUCGCUCGAACAGCGAGUUUCCUUCCUAAGCUAUUACUUAUUUUAGUUGAGUUAUUUAUUUUUAUUUAUUCCUUAUUUAUCCUCCUUAACCUUUCUUCCAAAUGUUUUUGUUUCCAUACACCUCUUUCUCCGGCCUGUCAUCUUUCCUCUUGAUCAUCUCACUUCCUUUCUCUCUGUCAUUUUAUCUGACUGACUCCAACCCACUUCUAUCCUUUGAUAACCAGGUCAGAGAGGUACACCUCUACACAGAUAACCACAGAAGAGGGAUGUAUCUGCAGAUGACCCUGAAUGGGAGAGUGUCAGGAAGUGAUGUUCAGACUCCUCACAGUGUGCUGGAGCUGAAAUCAGUGAAACCAGGCCAUAUAGCUAUUAAGGGACAGUCAUCAUCGUUGUUUCUCUGUAUGGACGGUGAAGGCCUUUUGAGGGGGCAGGGACACUACUCAGAGGCUGACUGCACCUUCAGAGAACUGCUGCUGGCGGAUGGAUACACCCGUUUCCUUUCCUCGCACCAUGGAUUUCCCGUGUCUCUGGCAUCAAGAAAUUCCCCGGAUCGACACACAGUCCCUUUCACUAGAUUCCUACCACUCAGGAAUACUUUGUCACGGGAGAAUGUGUCUGAACAGCCACCAAACAAUGAGAGAAACGUCAACAUGGACUCUGAUGACCUUCUUGGAAUGGGUCUGAAUACUUUGGUCAGUCCUCAGUUCUCAGUGGACAAAUAGAAAAUCAAUUUUAAAAAUGUAUUGUUUAUUUAUUGAUUUUGUUUUAUGAUAAGCUUUUGGUUCUCAAAUCACAGUAAUAUUGUAACUUAUUUAUUUAUUGUGUGUCUGGUGUAUUUCAAAUAGUUAUUUAAAGACUGAAAAAUAAAUUAUGAGAUUUCAUGGUCAGUAUGAGAGCUUGUUUGUGUCUGAGUAAGAAAUGGCCUGUGUUUGUACAACUCGUGUGUGUCUAUCAGAUGAGAGGAAAAUAAAUUAUAUAAAUUUUACUUGUUUGCUUGUAUUUUGUUUGUCUGAGUUUGUCUUUAAAUAAUGAUACAUACAUUCAAUAAAGCAAUUGAAAAAAAAACCUAAGUAGGAUC